AUGGGGGGCCCCCACACCGGGGGCCCCCCCCCACCUCAUUCUCUACGACUGUCCCCCUUCUCGCUUCUGGACGAUCUGUCUUGUGCUGCCUGCAGCAGCAGCAACAGCAGCAGCAGCAGCAACAGCAACAGCUGCAGCAGCAGCAGCAGCAAGGCCUGCAGCUGCAGCAGCAGCAACACAAGAAGCAGCUGCAACACCAGCGACAGACGCAACAGCAGCAGCAGCGACAGAAGAAUCAGCAGCAACCGAAGCAGCAGUGCAACACCAGCGACAGACGCAACAGCAGCAGCAGCGACAGAAGAAUCAGCAGCAACCGAAGCAGCAGCAUCAGCAAUACCUGCAGCAGCAGCAGCAACAGCAGCAGCAGCAGCAACACCAGCAGCAGCAGCAGCAGCAGCAGCACGGGUAGAGUUGAAGGAAGAGACAGUAAAGGCGGUGCUGUGGAGGGGUCUCUGUGCUGCCUUCGCGCUGCAGCAGGAGCUGCGGUUUGUUGCUGCUUGCUGCUGCUACGCCGACGGCGCUCCGGGUGAAGCAGCAGCAACAGCAGCAGCAGCAGCAGCAGCAGCGGAUCGUCUGCUGCUGCUGCCACAGGGAGACAGCUGCCUCGCACGCCCCUGGGCUGCUGCCUUAGAAGACACGGAGACAACAAAAGGAGACACGAGCGAGCAGCAGUCCCCUUCCCGCAGCAGCAAAGCAGCAGCAGCAGCAGCAGCAGCAGCGGCAGCAGCAGCAGCGGUGCAGCCAGAGCAGCAGAAGCAGCAGCAACAGCAACAGCAGCAGGAGCAGCAAUACCAAUACAUCAACGGCAGCAUUGACAGCAGCAGCAACUGCGACGGAGACACCGCCUUAGAAGACACGGAGACAACAAAAGGAGACACAAGCGAGCAGCAGUCCCCUUCCCGCAGCAGCAAAGCAGCAGCAGCAGCAGCAGCAGCGGCGGCAGCAGCAGCAGCAGCAGCAGCGGUGCAGCCAGAGCAGCAGAAGCAGCAGCAGCAGCAACAGCAACAGGAGCAGCAAUACCAAUACAUCAACGGCAGCAUUGACAGCAGCAGCAACUGCGACGGAGACACCGCUACCGCUGCUGCUGCUGCAGCUGCUGCUGCAGCAGCUGCUGCUGAUGCUGCUGCUGCUGCUGCUGGUGAUGGUGAAGCAAUUAUGGAGACAGUUUAUAAAAGGAGACAGCUGAGAGACUGGCUGCAGUGCUGCUGCACCUCGGUGGGGUGUGGGGGCCCCCGGGAUCUGUGGCGGCGUAUGCUGCAGUGUAUAGAGAGCAUCGAGCUGUCUCCUUGCAGCAGCAGCAGCAGCAGCAGCAGCAGCAGCACUUCUCUAGCCGCAGCACCAACGACAACAGCAGCAGCAGCAGCAGCUGCUGCUGCUGCUGCUGCUGCAGGGACACGCGGCAGCGGUGCUGCUGCAGCACAGCUGCAAAUGCUGCUAGAUGGGGAGGAGCAGCAAGAAGGGGGGGGCUGCUGCCAGCAGCCUUUUGCUGCUGCACUGGGAUCCCCAGCAGCAGCAGCAGCAGCAGCAGCAGGUGGUGCAGCAGCAGCAGCAGCUGCUGCUGCUGCUGCAGCAGAUGCAGCAGGUGCUACAACAGCAGCGGAUGCAGCAGCAGACGAAUCUGCCGAAGCAAGCAAUGCAGCAGCAACAGCAGCAACGGCAGCAGCUUCUCUAACCGCAGCACCGACGACAACAGCAGCAGCAGCAGCAGCAGCUGCUGCUGCUGCUGCAGCAGGGACGCGCGGCAGCGGUGCUGCUGCAACACAGCUGCAAAUGCUGCUAGAUGGGGAGGAACAGCAAGAAGGGGGCGGCUGCUGCCAGCAGCCUUUUGCUGCUGCACUGGGAUCCCCAGCAGCAGCAGCAGCAGCAGCAGCAGCAGCAGGUGGUGCAGCAGCAGCAGCAGCCGCUGCUGCUGCUGCAGCAUAUGCAGCAGGUGCUACAACAGUAGCGGAUGCAGCAGCAGACGAAUCUGCCGAAGCAAGCAAUGCAGCAGCAACAGCAGCAACGGCAGCAGCAGCUGGUGCUGCAGCAGGUGCUGCAGCAGCAGCAGCAGCAGGAGCAGCAGCAACAGCAGCAGCAGCAAGAAGAGAGAGAAGCACGCUGCUGCUUUUACUGCUACUGCAUGCUGCUGCUAUUGCUAUUGCUGCUGCUGUUCCUGCUGCUGCUAUUGCUCUUGCUGCUGCUGCUGCUGCUGCUGCUGCUGCUGCUGUCUCCACGCAGGAGGGGCUGCCCCGCUCUUCUCGGGGGCCCUCACCCGCACCGACUCCGUUGCUGCGCUUCAGCAAGAACGAGCUGUCUCCCUUUCUUUCUCUGUCUCCUCUCCCUCCAAGCAAAACACCUACAGCUCAAACUGCUGCAGCAGGAGCAGCAGCAGCAGCAGCAGGAGCAGCAGCAGCUGUUGCUGCUGCUGCUGAUGCAUCGGGGAGCGUACGGGAGACCCCACUGGAGCGCAUGCAGCAGCAGCACAACCCUAGCUGCCCCCCAUCACCAGCAGCAGCAGGAGCAGCAGCAGGACCAGCAGCAGGAGCAGCAGCAACAACAACAGCAGCAGCAGCAGCAGCAGCAGGUUCACUGCCUGAGGUUGUGUGGUGGCAGACCUGCAGCAAGUGUGGGGGGGCCCCCCUGGGGGCCCCCCAAGACCUUCGGCCCUUCGGUGAUAUUCCUUUUGUUCGUUUCUUAGAUUUGCUGCUGACAGACAAUACCCUCAAAGGAGACGGAACACGAACCCUGCAGCAGCAGCAGCAGCAGCAGCAGCAGCAGCAGCAGCAGCAGCAGAAGCAGAAGCAGAAGCAGCAGGGUUGUCCUCAUUAUGUAUUCAGAGAUAGGGCCUUUCACUUUGCUUCGGGGAAUGCUACACUGAAGUUCGAGCACGAGAGCGUCCCCAUAUAUUCUCUCUGCCGCUACAGCAGCUCGCAGCAGCUGCUGAGGCCCCCCCGGUGCAGCAGCAUGUGGGGGCCCCCCCUAGCGCAACCUGCUGCUGCAGCAACAGCAGCAGCAGCAGAAACAACAGCAGCAGCAACCAUUGAAACAACAGCAACAGAGGCAGCAGCAGUAACUGCGGACGCAAAAGACGCAGCAGCAGCAGCAGCAGCAGCAGCAGCAGCAACAACAAACGCCACUGCAGCAAACGCAGCAGCAGCAACUGCUGCAGCAGACACAGCAGCAGAACUAAAUGCAGUAGACGCUAGAGCAGCAACAGCAACAGCAGCGUCAUCAGCAGCAGCAGCAGCACAAACAGCAGCAACAGCUGCUGCUACUGCUUCUGCUGCUGCUUGUAUAUCUCCCCAGCCUCAGGGGGACCUCUGCCUCUCAGGGGGUAUCUGCUGCAGCGCGCGUUUGCUGCUGCUUGCUGCAGCACGAGAAGUACUAGCUGCUGUCCUGGGGCCCCCCAGCAGCAGCAGCACGAGGGGCCCCUCCAGCAGCAGCACGGGGGGGGCCCCCAGCAGCAGCACGGGGGCCCCCUGUGUCUUAGAGGCUUCGAUCGAGAGGACCCUCAAGGGGACAAUGAAGUGUAUAGAAGACAACAAGGCAAGUCCCUUGGGUUAUUCGAGGUAG